AUGGGCAAGUCCUCGACAGCCAGGCUCCUGGCCCGGUCCGUCUUCCAGUCCCUUUCACAGCCUCUGCCGGCAUCGAGAUGCGCCUCUCUGCAGCUGCCGCGCGCCUUCUCUACCACGCAGACCAGGCCGGCCGGCCCCGAUGACAGCGGCAACGCCCUCCGAAACGCCCUGCUGAGCGGCCGGACGUCCAGCGGCCCCAACUCGGGCACCGCGGCGCCGCAGCGGGCGCAGAGCGUGCUCGACGGCCUCGGCAACCAGCUCGUCAACCAGACGCUGACGGCGGCGCUGGGGGGCAAGCCCAACAUCAACACGAGCAUGCUCGACCCCGUGGGCGAGAUCCGCAUCGACGACUCGGUCGAGCCCUACCACUUCAACAUCUUCAGCCACCGACACAACACGCACAUCACCGUCUCCAAGCCCGACCGCAACGUCAUCAUCUCCAUGUCCUGCGGCAACCUGGGCUUCCGCAAGUCCGGCCGCAAGCACUACGACUCGGCCUACCAGCUCGGCGCCUACGUCAUGGACCGCCUGCACCAGCAGGGCUGGCACAAGAAGAUCGAGAAGAUGGAGGUCACCCUGAGGGGGUUCGGCCCCGGCCGCGAGGCCGUCACCAAGGUGCUGCUGGGCAACGAGGGGCGCAUGCUGCGGUCAAAGAUCAUCCGCGUGGCGGACGGCACGAAGCUCAAGUUUGGAGGCACGAGGAGUCCCAAGCCCAGACGUCUGGGUUAG